AUGGAAAAUCCAUGGUCUGAUGGACCAGAGUAUGUGACACAGUGUCCUAUAAAACCAGGAGCAAAUUUUACAUAUGACAUCAUAUUAUCAACGGAAGAAGGAACUCUAUGGUGGCACGCUCACAGUGAUUGGUCUCGAGCCACUGUGCAUGGUGCAAUCAUAGUCUACCCUAAGAAUGGAACCAACUACCCCUUCACCCAGCCAGAUGACCAGUUCCCCAUUUUCUUAGCAUCAUGGUUCAAGGGAGAUGUGAUGGAGAUUGUGGAGACUGCCUUAGAUGACGGAGGUGAAUUCAACAUCUCUGAUGCUUUCACCAUCAACGGUCAAACGGGAAAUGUUCUUCAUGGUGGCAAAUCACACCUUCACCCUUGUGGGAAUGGAUGGGGCCUAUACCAAGCCCUAGAAACCGAUUACAUCUUGAUAUCUCCUGGCCAAACCAUGGACGUCCUGAUAAAAGCAAACCAAACCCCAAACCACUAUUACAUGGCAGCAAGGGCUUUAGAAGGAGUUGUGUAUAACAAUAGCACCACCACCGCGCUUGUCAAGUACAGUGGAAAUUAUAAUGCCGCACCCUCAUUCCCAGACCUUCCUUAUUACAAUGAUACUGACGCUGCAGAGAGUUUUGUAGAUGGGAUUAGGUCGUUGGCAAGCGAGGAACACCCGAUAGAUGUCCCACAAACGGUAGAUACACAUAUGUACAUAACCGUUUCUAUGAAUGCAAUUCCUUGCAUAAACAACUCCUGUGAUGGGCCCAAUGGUAGUAGGCUAGCCGCUAGCUUGAACAACAUAAGCUUCCAGACGCCUAGUAUGGAUAUACUGCAGGCUUAUUAUAAGCAAAUCGGAGGGGUUUUCACGACGGAUUUUCCAGAUGAGCCACCUUAUUAUUAUAAUUUUACGGGCAGUGAUUUUCCUGAUAAUGUUCUAAUUCCUACACUAGGUACAAGGGUAAGGGUGGUAGAAUACAAUACUAGCAUGGAGAUGGUGUUUCAGGGGACAAAUGUGCUUGAUGGAGCAGAAAAUCACCCUAUGCAUUUGCAUGGCUUUAGUUUUUACUUUGUCGGAUCGGGUUAUGGCAUUUUCAACAAUGAAACAGAUCCUAAAAGUUACAAUUUAGUUGAUCCCCCGGAGGUGAACACUAUUGGGGUGCCCAAAAAUGGAUGGGCUGCUGUCAGAUUCAGAGCUGACAACCCAGGGGUGUGGUUCAUGCACUGUCAUCUGGAUAGGCAUUCUAGCUGGGGCAUGGACAUGGCGUUCAUAGUGAAGAAUGGUACCACCAAUUCAACGAGUAUUCUGCCACCUCCUCGUAACCUGAAUCCUUGCUAA